UGUAUAUGUCGCAAACCAGGCACAUACUCCGCCCUGAGAUGCCAUCAAAUGCAGGUUGAAAAGCCACAUCGACUCGGGGCAAGCGAGCUAUGGAUUCCCUUUCUGCCGCACCAGCAUCACUAGACAUUAACCCUUCACUGUCCUCGACCGGCUCUGUCCGUCGCCCAUCGCUGCUGAAAAGCCGUGAUUGAGAUCAAUCCAGUACCGCGCAGAACAGGCCGCACAAGCCGCGCAAGGCGUUCCUCCUCCGCGAAUCUCGGCCUCGUCUCUCGUCAAGAUGGCCGCCGUCUCUGAAGAUAUCGAGUACACCUCGCGCACGACGGACCAAGAAGUUGAUACCGUCGCCAUAUGUCCAUCCCACCCGGACUACAUGAUCAUUGGGACGUAUUCGCUCCUGAAGAAGGACGAGCCAUCCGACUACACCGGACAGACACGACGCGGGUCGCUACAGAUCAUGACCGUCAUGUCGACAUUCAAACCGAGGUACGCUGGCAUGCUGCCCCCCUCGUUGGACAGGGUGGAUUUCCCUUGCGCCGUAUUGGAUAUCCAUUUCCACCCCUCCGACAGCACACUCCUCGGCGUAGCCACGAGUAAUGCGACGGUGCAUUUCUUCCGGUUCAUUGUUCACGGCGAUGUGCUUGGACGGCGCGUGAUUACGAAGCUCCUCCCCCUGGGCUCUGUCGUCGUGGCGGAGAAUGAUGAACACGGCCUGGUCCCAUUGGUUACGCAGUUUACUUGGUUUCCUGAGGCGCGCUCGCACGGGGUUGUUGGAAUCAGCGACGUUACUGAUGUGGGUUUCGCGGCGACCACGAGUUUCGGGGAUGCGAGAGUGGUGACACUUGCCGUGCCAUCGAUCAAAGAUCUCUAUGACGAGAGGGCGCACCAGCCCGUUCAACAGCUGGCCCCCAGCUCGAACGAGGUCGUCCACAAACAUGAGCUGGAAGCCUGGACUGUUGCAGUCAUCGAUUUUGGCGCGACAUCCGCGGAUGAAAACAGGAACAGCACUUCCCGCGUGAUCCUUAGUGGCGGCGAUGAUAGUGCCCUGAUCGCCUCCACGGUCUCCCCAACCGCCAUCGCCGCCUAUCCUUCAGCGUCAACUUCAGCAUCACUAUCCUCCUGCGAUGCAGCGUCCCUCGACGUCAUGCCCCUGUGGAAAGACCGCCGCAGCCAUACCGCAGGAGUGGUAGCGAUCCUCCCCCUCUCCCCGGUCACCGUUCGGAACGGUAAUGGCGUCCAAAACAGGAAAGACAUUGUUCCUCUCGUCACCGGGAGCUACGACGAGUUCAUCCGCUUAUUCGAGAUCGAUACCAAGACAUACCGCGCGGGCUUUAGGACGAAACUGAGGCUCGACGGCGGAGUGUGGCGGCUGAAGGUUUUGGACCAAUACUCGGUUCCAUCUCAGGAAGGUCAGGGCCAAAAGUCUCAGCACCACACACUCAUACUCGCGUCGCUGAUGCACGCCGGCGCCGCAAUCAUCCGCAUCACUCGUACGACUGCCGUCUCCGGCUCAUCCCCAGGAGACUCAUGGACGAUCACGCCCGUGACCACGUUCCGAGGAAGUCACGAGAGUAUGGUCUAUUGUUGCGACGCUCGGCUCGACACUGGCAGCGCCAACGGCAGCAGCCAACGCAGUCAGAUACAGGAGGGCGGAGAACAAGCGCGAGGAGAGAGCCCGGCAAAGGUAGCACCGGAAUACACGAUUGUCAGUACCAGUUUCUAUGACAUGAAGAUAUGCACGUGGAAGUUUGCGGAUGAUUUCAAGAUACAGCACCAGUGAUAAGGGGGCCAGUCGUGCUGAGAAGAGCCAGACUGAUGGAAACCAUCUUGAUAUGUCUCCAACCUGAAUCAUCGGGCAGAGCGUAGCAGGUGCUGGCGGAGGUUGUGCGAGGGAAGGAGAGAAGCUCAGGAGUAAGGUCAAGCCGCGUAAAGCAAGGUCAGAAGCCCAUACACCAGAGACCUGAUGUUCCUGCGGUUUUCAGUCUGUGCGCUCUUGUCCACGGUCUCAACCCAUGCCACCAUCCUGUGCAAGAUUGCGCCCUUGAGUACGAGUACAUUAUGCAUCCCGCUUGAUCUGCAAACCCCCAGGCUCUCAGACAGCGUUCAAACGAU